CCAUGGAGUCCAUGCUUAAUAAGUUGAAGAACACUGUUACAAAAGUAACAGCUGACGUCACCAGUGCUGUAAUGGGAAAUCCUGUCACCAGAGAAUUCGACGUUGGGCGACACAUUGCCAGUGGUGGCAGUGGCCUAGCUUGGAAGAUUUUUAAUGGCACAAAAAAGUCAACAAAACAGGAAGUGGCCGUUUUUGUCUUUGAUAAAAAACUGAUCGACAAAUAUCAAAAAUUUGAAAAAGAUCAAAUCAUUGAUACCCUAAAAAGAGGAGUUCAACAGUUAACUCGGCUACGACACCCUCGUCUUCUUACUGUCCAGCAUCCUUUGGAAGAAUCCAGGGAUUGCUUGGCAUUUUGUACAGAACCAGUUUUUGCCAGUUUAGCCAACGUUCUUGGUAACUGGGAAAACCUACCUUCCCAAAUAUCGCCAGACAUUAAGGAUUAUAAACUUUAUGAUGUAGAAACCAAAUAUGGUUUGCUUCAGGUUUCUGAAGGAUUGUCAUUUUUGCAUAGCAGUGUGAAAAUGGUUCAUGGAAAUGUUACUCCUGAAAAUAUAAUCUUGAAUAAAAGUGGAGCCUGGAAAAUAAUGGGCUUUGAUUUUUGUGUAUCUUCAACCAAUCCUUCUGAACAAGAGCCUAAGUUUCCUUGCAAAGAAUGGGACCCAAAUUUACCAUCAUUGUGUCUUCCAAAUCCUGAAUAUUUGGCUCCUGAAUACAUACUUUCUGUGAGCUGUGAAACAGCCAGUGAUAUGUAUUCUUUAGGAACUGUUAUGUAUGCUCUAUUUAAUAAAGGGAAACCUGUAUUUGAAGUCAACAAGCAAGAUAUUUACAAGAGUUUCAGUAGGCAGUUGGAUCAGCUGAGUCGUUUAGGAUCUAGUUCACUUACUAGUGUUCCUGAGGAAGUCCGUGAGCACGUGAAGCUGCUGUUGAAUGUCACUCCCGCUGUGAGACCAGAUGCAGACCAAAUGACAAAGAUUCCUUUCUUUGAUGAUGUUGGUGCAGUAACAAUGCAGUAUUUUGACACCUUAUGCCAAAGAGAUAAUCUUCAGAAAUCACAGUUUUUCAAAGGACUGCCAAAGGUUCUUCCAAAGCUUCCCAAGCGGGUCAUUGUACAGAGAAUUUUACCUUGUUUGACUUCAGAGUUUGUAAAUCCUGACAUGGUACCUUUCGUUUUGCCCAAUGUUCUACUGAUUGCUGAGGAAUGCACCAAAGAAGAAUAUAUCAAAUUAAUUCUACCUGAACUUGGUCCUGUGUUUAAACAGCAGGAGCCAAUCCAGAUUUUGUUAAUUUUUUUACAAAAAAUGGAUUUGCUACUAACCAAAACUCCUCCAGAUGAAAUAAAGAAUAGUAUCUUACCAAUGGUUUACCGAGCGCUAGAAGCUCCUUCCAUUCAGAUCCAGGAACUCUGUCUAAAUAUCAUUCCAACCUUUGCAAAUCUUAUCGACUACCCAUCCAUGAAAAAUGCUUUGAUACCAAGAAUUAAAAAUGCUUGUCUACAAACAUCUUCCCUUGCUGUCCGUGUAAACUCAUUGGUAUGCUUAGGAAAGAUUUUGGAAUACUUAGAUAAGUGGUUUGUACUUGAUGAUAUUCUACCCUUCUUACAACAAAUUCCAUCCAAGGAACCGGCGGUCCUCAUGGGAAUUUUAGGUAUUUACAAAUGUACUUUUACGCAUAAGAAGUUAGGAAUCACUAAAGAACAGCUGGCUGGGAAAGUAUUGCCUCAUUUGAUUCCUCUGAGCAUUGAAAACAAUCUUAAUCUCAAUCAGUUCAAUUCUUUCAUUUCCGUCAUAAAAGAGAUGCUUCAUAGAUUGGAGUCUGAACACAAGACUAAAUUGGAACAACUUCACAUAAUGCAAGAACAGCAGAAAUCUUUGGACAUAGGAAAUCAAAUGAAUGCUUCAGAAGAAACAAAAGUUAUAAAUGCUGAGAAUCAGCAGCUUGACAAGGUCUUUAACAGCAUUGGAGCCGACUUUCUGAGUGGUGGUGAGCCAGACAAAAGGGACGAUGGGCUGCAGAGUAGACAUAAAGGAGCGUCACUUACACUUGAAGAAAAACAAAAGUUGGCAAAAGAGCAAGAGCAGGCACAGAAGUUGAAAAGCCAGCAGCCUCUCCAACCCCAAGUGCACACCCCCGCUGCUCCCGUCAGACAGACGAAAGACUUGACAGACACACUGAUGGAUAAUAUGUCAUCUUUGACCAGCCUUUCUGUUAGCACUCCUAAAGUUUCUGCUCCAAGUACCUUCACUUCUUCUGUUCCUUCUAUGGGCCUCGGUAUGAUGUUUUGUACACCAGUCGAUAAUACAAAGAGAAAUUUGACAAAUGGCCUCAAUGCCAACAUGGGCUUUCAGACUUCAGGAUUCCCCAUGCCAGUGAAUACAAACCAGAACUUCUUCAGUAGUCCAAGCACACCUGGAGUAACCAAGAUGACCCUGGGGACACCUGCGUCUCUGCCGAAUUUCAGUGCUUCUCCUGCUGCUGUGAAGCAGACUCAACAAAGACCCACAGAUAUGUCUGCCCUCAACAAUCUCUUUGGCCCUCAGAAACCCAAAGUUAGCAUGAACCAAUUAUCGCAACAGAAACCAAAUCAGUGGCUUAAUCAGUUUGUACCUCCUCAAGGGUCUCCAGGUAUGGGCAGUACUGCAAUGGGAACACAGAUGAACAUGAUGGGACAGUCUGCCUUUGGUAUGCAAGGUAAUCCUUUCUUUAACCCACAGAACUUUGCGCAGCCACCCACCACUAUGACCACCAACAGCAAUUCAGCUAGCAAUGAUUUAAAAGAUCUGUUUGGGUGAGGUGUCUAGCUCCUAUUUGUGAAGGAUGACUUUGGUUUUAAUCAUGGGUGAGCUGAUUUUCAUCUCUAUAUAGUUGGCUUGGAAGAACGUCUUCUAUGGGGAAUUGAAUGGCUCUAUGACAGACCAUACAUACCUGUUUCCACGCCAGCGUCGUAGCUGCAGGGACUCAUAUCCAGCUGCGGUUUUUAAAACGCAUUGAGGAUUUUUUUUUCCCUCGUACAAACUCC